AGAAGACGACAGAAAAAAGGAUGGGUCUGCACAUCUUCUUCGUCGUACCACCACCAGACACGUAGAGAUCCACUCAUCAUGCCUACCCUCCGCCUUGGUUCUAUCGCACCCAACUUCACCGCCGAGACCACCCAUGGCUCGAUCAACUUCCACGAGUGGCUCGGCGACUCCUGGGGAAUUCUCUUCUCGCACCCGGACGACUUUACGCCCGUGUGCACGACGGAGCUGGGCGCCGUUGCGCGCAACAGCGAAGAGUUCAAGAAGCGCAACGUCAAGGUCAUCGGUUUGAGCGCCAACGACAUUGACUCGCACGACCGAUGGAUCAAGGACAUCAACGAGGUCGGCAAGACCUCGGUCGACUUCCCCAUCAUCGGCGACAAGGACCGCAAGAUUGCGACCGAGUACGACAUGCUGGACCACCUCGACGCCACCAACGUCGACCAGAAGGGCCUGCCCCUGACGGUCCGGACUGUCUUCAUUAUCGACCCCAAGAAGCAGAUUCGCACCCUGAUCUCGUACCCCGCCGCCGUUGGCCGGUCCUUCGUCGAGGUCCUCCGCGUCAUUGACUCGCUCCAGCGCGGCGAGAAGCACAAGUUCACCACGCCCGUGGACUGGCAGCCUGGCCAGGAUGUCAUCAUCCCUCCUACGAUCAAGACCGAGGACGCCAAGGCUCUGUUCCCCGGUGCCCAGAUCAACGAGGUCAGGCCCUACCUCCGCUUUGUCGCUGACCCCAGCAAGUAAAAGCUUUCUCGGCACAAAAUGCACGUUCGCACACAUCAAUUGAGAGAAAUUGAAACCCUUGCCAUGGAAUAUCUGAGAGUUGAAAAGAGCCACACG